CUUUUGCGCAAAACCAACCGACUCGCGGCCUUCCCGUCGGGUUUAAUCGUUAAUACCCUCCCGCCGAAAAAGAAAAAAUGCCACCUAAACAGGCUGGCCGUCGCCCCGGUCGCCCUUCAGGAGCAGGAAGACAAUCCAAUGUUCAGCGUAUGUUUUCCUCCUCCUCCUCCUCCUCCCCCAUUGCCCUAUACUAAACCCCCUAAAGCAGGCGAUCCAGUCCCCCAAGGCCGCAAGCGCCGCUACCGCCCAGGCACCCUCGCCCUGAAGGAAAUCCGCAGAUAUCAAUCAAACACCGAUCUCCUCCUGCUCAAGCUUCCAUUUGCGCGAUUGGUACGUAUAUAUAUAUAUAUAUCCGAGGAACAAUCAAGGGAGAAGAAGAAGAUGAGUAUCGUUUUUGACACAAAAAAAAAGGUCCGCGAAAUAGCCAUCACCUGCCGCCCCAUGAACGACGAACUCCGCUGGCAAUCCCAAGCCAUUCAAGCCCUCCAAGAAGCCUCCGAGGCUUUCCUUGUCCACCUCUUUGAAGACACCAACCUCCUCGCCAUCCACGCCAAGCGGGUAACCAUUAUGCAAAAGGACCUGCAGCUUGCGAGGAGGAUAAGAGGUGUUUGGGGCGGGGCGGGGUGGGUGUAA